AUGCCUUCCAACGCCUCAUCCCCCGCUCCAAAGAAGUCUAAGAACCCCACGGAUUCCGACGCGUCUGACAGACUCUUAAAGAAACCGAAGACUACUGGCCAGACCGAAACCGCCUCUAAGCCCCGAAUACUACCACCGAUCGCUUACUCCGACGCCACUAUGAAUGAGCCAGUCGCGUUGUCCUGGACUAAGCAUAAAGCACCAACGGAAAAACCUGGCUUGGUGUUUGAAGAAUGCUACGAUCAUAGCACCAUACAGGACUGGCAGAAAGGCGAGCAAUUUGCAAUCAUGUGCAAAGGCGCUGCCCACGCACAAGCCGAGCCAGCCGCAGUCCCAUUCGACGGGACCACACACGACCCGUCCUUCUUUAAAUACACCAAGCCACCGAACCCUAUUGGCAAAACUGGAAAACCGGUCAAUGUGCCACCCAGCGUUUUCAGGGCCUGGGCGCAGACCUUGCCGCUGUACACCCACUGCAAUGUCAAAGUGGUCAACCACGAGAUUCACCUUCUAAACGAAAUCCCGAAGAUGGUCAAACUCUCCGAUGAGCUGGUUUACGUUGUCUACAAAACCUACUCCCAGACAACCCGCGCGAAGAUGUUCCCAGCCGAUUUCGACGCCACAGGAGACAUCCGAGCAGACCGCAUGCCAGAAGACCCUGCGCCAAGCUGGGCUGCACACGGCGUUCACUUCAUUCUGGAAUUCAAAGGGUACUCAUUGCUCUGCGGGCGCGAAAUCGCUAAGCGGAUCGGAUGGAAGCUAAACACUAAGACCAACGCCACCACCCGUGGACAACCCAUCGACUGGUCUUUCGGCAACUGGGUCAUCGGUGACGGCUUUCAUAUCACCACCCCAAUUAAUCGCCAGGCUUAUCGCCCUGAUGGGUCCAUGGUCGACUCCUAUAUCGGCACUGAAAAAUCUGCUCACCGCGACACUAUGACAUAA